UCCUCUGCGGCCCUAACGCGAGUCACGGGCCUCGCGUGCGAAAAGACCCUCGGCGCUGUCCGACGGAGGACGCGCAACGCCACGACGAGAGUACGGGAGCGCGAGAGGUCGGUUCGAUUAGAAAGUUCGAGCGCGGCGAGAGAGCGACGCUGUCUUCGAGGCACUUCUCGAAACUUCCGGAAAGCGCGAGAGUCGACGUUUGUAUAUAUGGGCCGUUCGACCUACGCGGCCUCUUAGUACAACAGAAGACGUGAGUCUGUGAGCAUCGGUACGGACUUGGGUCGAGAGGGAGAGCGAGAGAGCGAGAGACGACAGGCACGGGGCACGUCAUCUCGGUGGAGAAUUCUUUUUAAACGGCAGCGCACUUCCUCCCCUGGCAUUGUCGGAGGAGUGGACGAGCGAGUCGAGACAGUAUAACGGACAAAGUAAGUGCGAUGGAAAAGGGCGGAACGGAGGAGGAGACGCAGAAUGUAGUUAGAAAAGUCAGUGCGUGGCCGCGCAUUUUCGUGAGGAGAGUCGAGGAUGGCCCGAGGAGAGCGAAAUCGAGGCUUGGGCGGGUUGUUGACUGACAUUCGUCGGUCCCCGUCCCUCUUAACCAGGAUUCCUGGGGGCUUUCCGUAUGCUCGAAGCGGGCCGCUGCCUCUCGACCUUCCCGAACGUUCUCUUGAGCGGCAAUUAUAAACGCGAGAAACAGGAUCGGCUGCUCUCGUUGACGCGACUCGGAGAUCGACGGCCCGCGCCUCUUCGCCUCGGUGUAUUCAUCAUUUCCCGAAAUAGCGGGCAAAAUAAGGCGCGAAGCUAAGUAGCAAUGGGAAAGGAUUACUACAAAAUACUUGGUAUUAUCAAGGGCGCCAGCGACGACGAGAUUAAGAAGGCCUACCGGAAGCUCGCGCUCAAGUACCAUCCGGAUAAGAAUCGGGCUGCCGGGGCCGAGGAGAAGUUCAAGGAGAUCGCCGAAGCAUACGAGGUCCUUUCGGACUCGAAAAAGCGCGAGGUCUACGACAAGUUCGGUGAAGAGGGACUGAAGGGUGGCGCGGGUGGGGGACCAGGAAGAGCCGGAGGCCUCGGCAGCGGGACCACGUACACCUUCCACGGAGAUCCGCGUGCCACCUUUGCCCAGUUCUUCGGGACAUCCUCGCCCUUCGAAACGUUCUUCGAGUACGCAGGUCCGGGAGGUGGCGUUAAUCGUAUGUUCUUCAACGACGACGACAUGGAGACCGACGACCCCUUUGGCCUCGGCCAGAGCAUGAGACAAGGCUCGGUCGGGCCCGGGGGCGCCUUCCGCUCGCACAGCUUCAACUUCGCGGGACCGACGGGUCGCGUCUCCAGCAAAGGACGGACCCAGGAUCCGGCAAUCGAGUACGACCUCUACGUGAGCCUCGAGGACAUCCUUAAAGGCUGCACGAAGAAAAUGAAGAUCUCGAAGUGGGCCUUGCAACCGGAUGGGACGACGAAGAAGGAGGACAAGGUGUUAACGAUCAAUGUGAAACCAGGCUGGAAGGCUGGAACGAAGAUCACGUUUCAGAAGGAGGGGGACCAGGGCCGCGGCAAGGUACCCGCGGACAUUGUCUUCAUAAUUCGAGACAAGCCCCAUCCUCUGUUUAGGCGAGAGGGCAGCGAUAUUAAGUAUACGUGUAAGCUGAGCAUCAAGCAAGCGCUGUGCGGCACGAUAGUCAACGUGCCGACCCUCACCGACGAGAAGAUCACCCUCAACCUCAAGAAGGAGAUCGUCAAACCGACACUCGUGAAGAGGAUUAGCAACUACGGGCUGCCCUUCCCCAAGGAGCACUCGAGGAAGGGCGACCUCGUUGUCUCAUUCGACAUUAUUUUCCCGGACUCGCUGACGAAAAAUGCCAAGGAUAUAUUGUUCGAUACGCUGCCGAAUUGAGGAGCCGGUGAGGGCCAAGACGCGAUAGCGUGAGCCUACGACAAGAGGGGUGGGGAAGGGAGUUGGUUGCUUGAUGGG